AUGGCAUCGACUCAAACGGACACAUCGGUCCAGCCGAUUCGCGCCACCAUCGAAUAUGACAAUGGCAAGACGCUCAUGGCGCAGGGACCACAGGCGCUCCACGACCACGUCGCUUCUCGCAUGGAGAAGGCGCUAGGCCGCGCACUACCACAGAUGGAAGUGCGCUUCAAGGACGUUUCUAUCUCAGCUGACAUCGUCCGAGGUUUGGGCGCCAAGAAGCACACGGUCAGGAAGCAGAUCCUCAGGAACGUCAGUGGGGUCUUUAAACCUGGAACUAUCACGCUCGUGCUGGGCCAACCUGGCUCUGGCAAGUCCUCGCUCAUGAAGCUGCUAAGCGGAAGGUUUCCCGACCAGAAGAACGUGACAAUUGAGGGCGAAGUCACUUAUAACGGCGCUCCCGCCAACGAGUUGCUCCGACGUCUACCACAGUUCGUCUCGUACGUCACUCAGCGAGACAAGCACUAUCCUUCCUUGACCGUCAAGGAGACACUCGAGUUCGCACACGCCUGUUGUGGCGGAGGCUUCUCGGAGCGCGACGCUCAGCAUUUCGUCGGUGGGACACCCGAGGAGAACAAGGCCGCACUCGAUGCCGCCAGCGCCAUGUUCAAGCACUACCCAGACAUCGUCAUCCAGCAGCUCGGACUCGACAACUGUCAGAACACCAUUGUCGGUGACGCCAUGACCCGCGGUGUGUCUGGAGGAGAACGGAAGCGUGUGACGACGGGCGAGAUGGAGUUCGGCAACAAGUACGUCAUGAUGAUGGACGAGAUCAGCACAGGACUGGACAGCGCCGCCACCUUCGACAUCAUCACCACGCAGCGCAGUAUCGCCAAGAAGUUCCGCAAGACGGUCGUGAUCUCGCUGCUGCAGCCGUCGCCUGAGGUGAUCGACCUGUUCGACGACGUGGUGAUCCUGAACGAGGGCCACGUCAUGUACCACGGUCCUCGUGCUGAGGCUUUGGGCUACUUUGAGAGUCUGGGGUUCAAGUGUCCUCCUCGUCGCGACGUCGCCGACUUCCUACUGGACUUGGGUACAGACAAGCAGGCGCAGUACGAGGUCAACUCGAUGCCGUCCAGCAACAUUCCUCGAUCGGCCAGUCAGUACGCCGACGUCUUCACUCGCUCCCGACUCUACGCACGAAUGAUGGAAGAUCUCCACGGUCCAGUCCACCCAAGUCUCAUCGAAGACAAGACCAAGCACAUCGACCCGAUCCCGGAAUUCCACCAGAACUUCUGGGACAGCACCAUGGGCGUCGUGCGGCGUCAGAUCACACUCACGAUGCGGGACACAGCCUUCCUGGUCGGUCGCUCCGUCAUGGUCAUCUUGAUGGGGCUGCUCUACUCGAGUGUCUUCUACCAGUUCGACGAGACCAACGCGCAGCUUGUGAUGGGCAUCAUCUUCAACGCUGUCAUGUUCGUGUCACUCGGACAACAGGCUCAGAUCCCAAUGUUCAUGGCAGCCCGCGAGGUCUUCUACAAGCAACGUCGAGCCAAUUUCUUCCGCACCUCUUCGUUUGUCUUGUCGAACUCAGUGAGCCAGAUCCCUUUGGGGUUCGCUGAGAGUCUGGUGUUUGGCUCCAUUCUAUACUGGAUGUGUGGCUACGUGUCCACAGUCGAGGCUUUCCUCCUCUUCGAGUUGAUGUUGUUCCUGACGAACUUGGCGAUGGCUGCGUGGUUCUUCUUCCUGUCGUGCGCGUCUCCAGACCUGAAUGUGGCCAACCCAUUGUCCAUGGUCUCCAUCCUUUUCUUCGUCCUGUUCGCCGGCUUCGUCAUCACCAAGGACCAGAUCCCAGACUACCUCAUCUGGAUCUACUGGAUCAACCCCAUGGCCUGGGGGGUCCGAGCGCUGGCUGUGAACCAGUACACGGACGAUAGCUUUGACGUUUGUGUGUACAACGAUGUUGAAUACUGCGCCGACUUCAACAUGACUAUGGGCGAGUACUCGUUGACGACGUUCGAAGUGCCGACCGACAAGUUCUGGCUGUGGUACGGCAUGGUCUUCAUGGCAGGAGCGUACGUCUUCUGCAUGUUCCUGUCGUACAUUUCACUCGAGUAUCGCCGCUUCGAGAGUCCGGAGAACGUGACGCUGGAUAAUGAGAACAAGGGAGACGUGUCUGAUGACUACGGACUCCUCAAGACUCCACGUAGCUCGCAGGCUAAUGGUGAGACUGCAGUGACGGUGACGCCUGACAGCGAGAAGCACUUUAUCCCGGUCACGAUCGCGUUCAAGGAUCUGUGGUACACCGUGCCGGACCCGGCCAACCCCAAGGAAACCAUCGACCUGCUCAAGGGUAUCAGUGGAUAUGCUCUACACGGUACCAUCACGGCACUUAUGGGGUCAUCAGGUGCCGGUAAGACGACGCUCAUGGACGUCAUCGCAGGACGGAAGACUGGAGGCAAGAUCACCGGUCAAAUUCUACUGAAUGGCUACCCGGCUACUGACCUGGCUAUCCGUCGAUCCACCGGCUACUGCGAGCAGAUGGACAUACACUCUGAGUCGGCUACCAUUCGUGAAGCGCUCACGUUCAGUGCCUUCCUGCGUCAGAAAGCCGAUGUGCCCGACAGCUUCAAGUAUGACUCGGUGAACGAGUGUUUGGAAUUGCUGGACUUGCACCCGAUCGCCGACCAGAUCAUCCGUGGCAGCUCCGUGGAGCAGAUGAAGCGAUUGACUAUUGGCGUGGAGCUGGCAGCUCAACCGAGUGUGUUGUUCCUGGACGAGCCGACGAGUGGACUGGACGCUCGCUCUGCCAAGCUCAUCAUGGACGGCGUCCGGAAGGUGGCGAACACGGGACGUACCGUGGUGUGCACGAUCCACCAGCCGUCGACGGAGGUCUUUAGCGUGUUCGACAGUCUUCUGCUACUAAAGCGUGGUGGCCAGACGGUGUUCGCAGGUGAACUUGGCAAGAACGCUAGUAAGAUGAUCGCGUACUUCGAGUCAAUCGACGGCGUGGCGAAGCUUGAGGACAACUACAACCCUGCAACUUGGAUGCUGGAAGUCAUCGGUGCUGGUGUGGGCAACAGCAACGGCGACAGGACCGACUUCGUCAAGGUCUUCCAGUCGAGUAAGGAGUUCGAAUACCUCCAGUCAAACUUGGAUCGCGAGGGUGUGUCUCAUCCGUCUCCCGAUUUCCCUGAGCUGACGUUCAGUGACAAACGUGCUGCGACAGAGAUGACGCAGGCCAGAUUCCUUCUCCAGCGGUUCUUCCGCAUGUACUGGCGUACGGCGUCGUACAACUUGACGCGAUUCAGCUUGUUCCUUAUCCUCGGACUGGUCUUCGGUAUCACAUACAUCGACGCCGAGUACACGUCGUACGCUGGUAUCAACUCCGGCAUGGGCAUGUUGUUCUGUACGACGGGUUUCAUUGGGUUUAUCUCCUUCAGCAGUGUCAUGCCCACUGCAUCGGAAGAUCGUCUGGCCUUCUACCGUGAACGUGCGUCGCAGACGUACAACGCGCUUUGGUAUUUCGUUGGAUCGACCCUAGUAGAGAUCCCGUACGUCUUUUUCGGCACGCUAUUCUUCAUGGCUCUGUACUUCCCCAUGGUGGGCUUCACGGAUGCGACUACGUUCUUCGCCUAUUGGCUCCACCUGUCCAUGCACGUGCUGUGGCAAGCAUAUUUCGGCCAACUCAUGUCGUAUCUCUUGCCGACUGUCGAAGUGGCUACGAUCUUUGGUGUGCUGUUGCAGACAAUCUUCUUCUUGUUCAACGGCUUCAACCCUCCUGGAGCGUCGAUCCCUCAGGGUUACAAGUGGUUGUACCACAUUACACCGCACAAGUACUCGUUGGCUUUGGUGGCGUCGCUGGUCUUUGGUGACUGUCCAGGUGACGGCGAUGGCUCGGAAGUUGGCUGCCAGGUCAUGACUGGAUUGCCACCUUCACUUCCCGAAAAUAUGACGGUGAAGGACUACCUCGAGGAUGUGUUCCUGAUGAAGCACAGCGAAAUCUACAAGAACUUCGGCUUCGUCUUGGGCUUCAUCGUGGUGUACCGUGUGCUUGGUCUACUGACUCUGCGCUUCGUCAACCACCAGAAGAAGUAG